UGACGUUUUAAGUACUUCCCUUUUGCACCGGUAGUAAAGUUUAAGUUUUACGCCAGCUCUUUCUGCAAAACAGAAUGUCUUUUGAUAACUGGCCUGCUAUAUAUAGUUUUCCUCCUUUUUUUACUUUACAACCGAACUCACAAACAAAAGAGAAGCAAUUGGCUAGUUGGCUGGAAUUGGUUUUAGCCUACUGCAAAACUCGUAAACUAUCAAGGUUUAACUUAAACAACGAAUCUGAAAGUGAACUGUUUUUUAACGAUAAGAUCUCCCGUAAGUGUAGUUCUGAGUUACGUUUGGCAAUCUUUAAGUACAUGGAAAGUAAAGGUUAUGCUAUCACCAAAAACGAUAAAGAUUUUAUAAUUUCUUGGUUAACUGUGGAAGACUGGAUUAGGAACACUAACCAGUUUAACAGUAUUUUAACUUUAUACGAGCUUCGUUGUGGAGACUACACUGCUAACGAAGAGUUUCACGGAUUAGAGCUAGAAAUUUUAAAGGCGGCCUUGGAAUUUCUUGAGAAAACGUUUCGAUGUCAAAUAUUUUUUGACGAAUCUGGAGAGAAUGCAGGCGUAAAGUUUUUAGCAACCUAAUAAAAGUAAUAAAACU